CGAAGAAAGAACCUCAACUGUCAGAUGAGAUCGUGUACAUGGGGAUGCUGCAGUCCGACCGGUCUGACCGGUCCAUGGAACCGGUCUGACCGGUCUCGGCGGGUAUAAAUACCCCACCAGCCCGUGGCUGGUUGAGUCUCUUGAGCCUUUUGAGUGCUUUGGUUUUCUCCUUUCCUCUCUCCCUGCUCUAGAUUAGGGCCAAGGUCUCCAACGCAAAGGAGGAUUAGGUUAUAGCCAAUCUCUCCAAUCAAGAGGGUGGAUGAUAGGGUGGUAGGCUCUAGCUUUGUAUAGGUGAUGACCUCUGAAAUUCUUGAAUGAAAUCGUGUUAAGUUCAUCACUUGUGUGCUGGAAUUUCGUCCUCCACUUUCUCCCUUCUCAAGGUUUGCGUUUUGGGCUGAAUUCUCCUCUUUUGGUGUGUUUUGUGUUUGGAGGAGUCAAGGCCUUGGAUUCGUGUUUUGCUGGACUCGUUGUGAUGAUUCUUAUCCAUCUAGCCUAGUGCCAAACCCCCUGGAAUCGCGAGUUCUCACGAAUCGGAGUUUUUCACGUUCUUGAGAAAACCCCAGUCCUCUUUGAUCAUCCCUCGAAUUCUCAAGUUCCUUUGAUCUUUUGGGAGAGAUCUCUUGGGGAUGUGUUCACGGGACAGUUGUGAAGGUAUCCUCCAAGUUUCGUUGGAUUUGGACAUCGUUUGCUCAAGAUUCAUCUUUUGGAGGUUGAAUUUCUGGCUGUCUGGGAAGGACCGGUCUGACCGGUGCCCAGGACCAGUCUGACCGGUGGGCUGCUGGCUGGCUGUUUUUUGCUAGUUUUUCGUGUUUGCUUCCGCGAUAUCUCCCGCUUAGUUUCCUAGGGCGUUUUGCAAAGAGAUAGAUAGUCCAUAGCUAUUCUCUCAUAUCCUAGGUUUGUGGUGAUUUUCGGGAUAUAGACCGACGGAUCGAUUUCGAAAGAAAUUUUGAUCGGCUUCCAUUCACCCCCCUCUGGUCGCCUUUUCGGUCCCUCAAGAUGUUGUCCUCAGCAACAUUGCCAAGAUGAAGCCUGACGUCUUCGUCCAAGGCAUCAUCAAUGGUUCAUAUGGAACCUUCUUCUUGUCUCGGUUCCGAGAGGCCCUCUUUUACCACUCCGCAAUGUUUGACAUGCUUGAUGCAACUAUGCCACGUGAGAGCCGGCUGCGGUUGGUGCUUGAACGGGGUAUCUUUGGUUGGGUUGCCUUGAAUGCCAUUGCGUGUGAGGGUGAGGACCGGGUGGAGCGUGGUGAGACAUAUAAGCAGUGGCAGAUCAGAAACCGACGGGCUGGUCUAAGGCAACUUCCGUUAAAUAGAGACUCCGUCAAUAUGGUGAGGAACAUGGUCAAGAAUCAGUACCACAAGGACUUUGUUAUCGAGGAGGAUCAGCAAUGACUACUGCAGGGGUGGAAAGGAUGCAUCCUCUUAGCCCACUCAAUGUGGGUGGCAGAAGGUGCUAGCUCCAGAUGGUAGUUUUUCACACUGAAACAUAAAUGGGAUACUAAUACCAGAUACAGUUAUGCUAGUGUUUUCCUGGAGAUCUAUAAAUACGAUCCAGUGGACUUGGAUUGGUUAGUUGCAUCUUUCCAGAUGACUUAAGGUAGGCAGCCACUGCCUUGACUCUUAAUCUGACAUUUUUUUUCGCUGUCUGAUUCAUUCGUACACUGAGUUCAAAUAAUGUAGUGAAAACUAAAUGAACAGAAGAAUGUGGUGAUCUCAUCCUUUAGUAUUUUUAAAUUGAAUACAUGAUGAUAAUGUAUUGGAUCUAUUGGCAUGCUAAGGAAAUUAGUAAAGUAACCACUAUGUUUGUUGCUACUGAGUACAGUUGCCUGAUAAGUAUCUGUUCGAAUGACAUGCUUUAUUAAAUCAGCUUUCAUUGGUCAAUCCGGUUCUAGGUACAUAUUUGUGUAGGAUGUCUGUCUUGCACUUCUCUUCAUCAAGGGUAACUAAAUAAAUGCCAUAUAAAGUAGCUAAUGUGCUUUAUUUGUCCUUCAUUCUUGUAUUGUGCUUUAUGGUCUUUAUUUUGUCUGUCAGUCCUGAAACUACUCUGAUUCUAUAUGAUCUUGCAAGAUAUCAAAACAAAAUGUUCCAAUUGAACUUGUAUUUAUAUAGGAGCUGCUUAUAUUUUGCAUUGAAUCUCUGUUUAUGCCAAGAUGAAUGGAAUGUUGUCUCCUUAUCUCCUUCUCAAGAACUAUUCCUUGUCCUUGUGUGCUGGCAACCUCCCGACAUGGCCAGCUUUGGUGAUUCCAACACCCAGUAAUGGGUUUGUCUAAUCUUCACAUGGAUUGGAUGGGGUUGAGGGCAACUCCAAGAUAAUUUCAUUUGGGACAGCACCUAUCCAGAUAACAAAGAUAUGUUGCAGCUAAUCAGCUAAAGCUAGCUCUAUCUGUAGGUAAGAUGCUCGAUGCCUGCCUUGAAACUCAGUUUUUUCUGUGUGUUUCUCUAUAUUUAUCUAUAAGGCUUAUUUAAAUACUCCUUCAUAUUUAAACAUAUGGCAUUUAGGACAAACCAAUUUAGUUCAUUAUGAUCUUAUUCGCUUGUCCUUUUUUUUUCUCGAACGGCGCAUGAGGACUGCGCGUCAUUUCAUUUAAGAUAGAAAAAAGGAGAGAGUACAGAGGUUAGACAACCCCUGUACUCCGUACAGUUUUGUAAAGGUCGACUCUUACAAAAGAAAAACAAUCCAUGACCAUGCCCCUAGGACCUAAGGUGCCAGGGGCAUCGACCUAUCUAGGAGCUCCUUGAGUUUGGAUGCUCCUGCCAUGCACCAAAGAGCACACUCGCUGGACACAGUCUGGAGGAGCAACUGAACACUUGGACGAGCACCCUCGAACACACAAGCAUUGCGGUGCUUCCAGAUUUCCCAUGUGACCAGGAUGAUGAGGGAGUUCAGACCCCUGCGACGAUCUUUUGGCACAGAUUUUAUAGUUAAGCUCCACCAAGCUGAAAAACUGGUCGUCGAAGUAGCAGGCUCGGCAAUGACCAAAUUCAGGUGCUGAGAUAUUAGCGACCAGCAUUGCCGGGUGAACACACAGGUGAGAAGGAGAUGCCUGGCUGUUUCAUGUUCUUGGUCGCAAAGAGGGCAAGCAGCUUGGUGAGGCAGGCCCCGCUUGGCGAGGCGAUCAGCAGUCCAAAUGCGUUGCUUGAUGGCUAACCAGAGGAAGAACUUGCAGCGCAGAGGAGCCCAGCUCUUCCAGAUUCGCUUGUCCUAAACAUCACAUAUUUAAAUGUUGAGGGAGUAUGUUUUUCAUUGCACAAUACUAUCCUUUUCCUUUGCCAUUUCCUAUGGAUAAAAGAAAAUAUUAUCUAUGUUUGCUUUAUACAGUAGCUAUAUAUUGUCUCCAUAUCUAUUGUCUCAUUAUCCAAAGAAGCAUUUGAAUCAUCCAACACUUGCAUUCUCCUGAUGAUGAUUUGAUCAAAAGCUACCACACAACAUUGCCACCAUACCAUUGAUCUCCAUGGACACCGUCCUGGAAGAAAUAUUUGUGGAGGAUCUCACAAACCCUUUCCUGGAGCACGGGAUGUUGGGGCAGUCUGUGUUCAAUGUCAUUGCCUGCAAGGGUGUGGACUUGUUGAACCAUCCAGAAAGAUAUAAACAGUGGCAGGUAAGAAACUAGCUGGCAGGUCUGAGGCAGCUGCCACUGCAACCGAUCAUUAUUAUUAUUUUUUAUUGGAAUACUCCAAGGGAAACCCCUGAAGCAUAAAGUGCGGCACCCAGGGUUUGAACCCUGGGUGGGAGCACUCCGGCCAGUGGCCUUUGCCACUGUGCCAUGAGCCCCUUCGCCCGAUCAUUAUUAAUUCACUGGAGUUCAAGAUAAAAAAGGACUAUCACAAGUAUUAUCACAAGUAUUGAGUUGCAUGCACCAACCGAUUCAACCCAAAAGCUUAAGCUGAUGGGGAGAGGUGGGCAAUUCACUUAUAUUCCAAUUUCCAACAACAAGGACUUUUUCUCAGUGAGGAUUGCCAAUGGUUGCUGCAAGGAUGGAUGGGGCGUCCUCUACGCCCACUCUUCACGGGUAGCAGAUGACAACAUUCCUGGAUGGAGCUUAGUUUUUUACUGUUGAAAGAUUACCAUGGUUUCCAUCAACUCCAUGUGCACUACUAGUCCUGUAUGCUGCUUGUUCUACAGUUUACUAAUUCAGGGCAGCUGCAGUGGCUACUGAAAAGUCUUUUAUGUUGUUAUAUCAUAUAUAUGUCAUGUAUCCAGGACUGACACUAGACAACUGCCAGUGCCCCUCUCCCAUCUAUAUGUGAUCCCCCCUUGCAAUUCCCUGGUGGCCGCGUGAUAUCUUUGGUCAUGGUUUUCAUCAAAUAAUCAUGAACAUAGCUCAGGAGAAAGGUCCAUUGUUCAUUGUGGCAGUAUCUCUUGUGCUGUAAAUUACAUGGCAGCUCUAGGUUCUUGCAACUGCUGCUCUUCCGUAGUUGUUUGAGAAGAAGUUGUAAAGAAUUCAAAAGCAACUUAUUGCUGAAGCCAAUUAAAUUUACUUUGUGCAUAAGUUCAGUGAGGAAUGAGGUCAAUUGGUGUCAGAAAAAAUUUAUUACUUGAACUGUGGCACUAUGCAUGUUUUAUGUGCUCCCAUUGUUUUUCUCAUGUUCAGAAUGAAAAUUUUCUGAAAAAACAUAUAGAAGCUCUGCAGAACAGGAAUGGAAGAGGACUGACAUGUUUACCUUUACUAUAAUACCACUGUAUAGAGGAACACUUCUAAUUGUUGGCCUUGAGUAUUAAAAUUUUCCAGGUUGUAAGUGAUUUUGUAAAAUUUUUUUGAAAGGAAAUCUCUUUUUGUGAAUAGAACCAACAUGAUCUGCUAAUCUGUCCUAGUAUUGUUUUCCUGCAUGGCCUUGUUGCUUAUGACGGGACAAGGUCAGAAGAUGGCUGCGACACCAAGAUGAAUGGGAUGGGCAAGGAGAGUUUGUCUUGUCCUUGCAUGGAUUGGACAGCAUCCAAGCUAAUACUAUGUUGACUUGGCAUAGCUGUUAAUGGGCUGAAACGGUGAAACCUAUACCUAUGACAAUGGCCAAAGGAUGGCUCCAACACCAAGAUAAAUGGGAUGGUGCCUCGUUGUCUCUAUUUUUGUCAAUAUCUUUUCUUUGUCCUUGUGUGCAAGCAACCUCUUGACAUGUCAAGCUUUGGUGGUGAUUCCAAUACCCAGUAAUUUGGAUCAGUGGAGAGCAAAUCAGAAAUAAUAAUAUCUUCACUUGGGACAACACAUAUUCAGGCAGCGUAGAUAUGUUGCAGCUAAUGAGCUAAAGUUCUGCUUGAGCAUCACCACCACCACGGACGAAUUCUUUCUGAGGGUCUCACAAUCUUGUCACCAAUGGACACUGAUGAUAGUCAGGAUUCACUCUUCCCUGAUGACAUGGUCCUCUCCUACAUCUCGCGUUUUCUCAUGGAGGAUGAUACUGAAGACAAAAUCUUGCGCGGAAACUCUGAUCACCCUGCACUUCUCCAGGUGCAGGAGCCCUUUGCCCAAAUCCUCUUCUCCCCUUCCAUCAGUGCAAACAGUGACAACACCACACACAAGUGCAACAUGGAGGGGGCCAAUAAUUUAUUGCAGGGUCGCAACGGCAAUCAGUGCACUCUCAGCUCAGCCUUCUCCAAGGGUGAGGAUGCAGCGGGCGCAUUCUUGAAGAGCAUUGAAGAGGCAAGCAGGUUUUUGCCAAAAGACAAUGGCAUUAGAAAGGACCAGCUGGUGAACCAAGAAUGUGUCAAUCAUAGGGUAAUCAAGAAGAGGUAUAACAGGGACGAGCAUCAUGAGAGGGAGGUUUGCAGGGCCAGCAAAGCUAUGAUGAUGAUGGAAGAGCUUGAAGAGAUGUUCGAUAAAAUGAUGCUGCGCGGGUACGAAACAUGCAUCAAGGACAUGGAGAAGCUGCGCAGCGCCAAGGCCGAUGAGGCAAUGAAUGAUAAGAAGAGUGGUAGCAAGAUGAGGACUGAUGUGGUGGACCUAUGCACAUUGUUGAUUCGUUGUGCGCAGGCGAUGGCUGCGGGCAGUGUCAUGACCGCGCAGGAGCUACUAAAGCAGAUAAAGCAGAAUGCAUCAUCAACAGGGGAUGACACACAACGGCUGGCUCAAUGUUUCUCCAAGGGGCUGGAGGCACGUCUAGCAGGCACAGGGAGCCAACUUUGGCAAUUGCUGACGGCAGAGGGGCCCUUGGUCAUAGAGUACCUACAGGCCUACAAGUUUUACUUGGCAGCCUGCUGCUUCAACAGGGUGGCCCUCUUUUUCAACAUUAUGACCAUUGAGCAUGCCAUGGCGGGGAAGAGCAAGCUUCACAUUGUAGACUACGGUCCCCAUCAUGGGUUCCAGUGGGCAGGCUUGCUCCGCUGGAUGGCAAAUAGGGAAGGUGGCCCACCAGAGGUGAAGAUAACUGCUAUAAGCCGCCUCCAGCCGAGGUCCUGUCCAUCUGAGGGGAUUGAGGAUACGGGGCACCGGCUUGGCAAGUGUGCACGUGAGUUUGGUGUGCCAUUCAAGUUCCAUUCCAUCACCGCAAGGUGGGAGACAAUUUGCACCGACAACUUGAAAACGGAUGCUGAUGAGGUGCUUGUCGUGAUUGACCUCUUUAAUUUCAGUAUCUUGAUGGAUGAGAGUAUCUACUUUGAUAACCCGAGCCCCCGGGAUACUGUCCUCAAUAACAUCAGGAAGAUGCGACCUGAUGUCUUCAUCCAGGGUGUUGUCAAUAGCUCAUAUGGCACCUCCUUCUUAGCACGUUUUCGGGAGGCUCUGUUCUAUUACAGUGCACUUUUUGACAUGUUGGAUGCAACCAUCCCAAGGGAGUGUAAACUGCGGUCAGUGCUCGAACAGGGCAUGUUGGGGCACUCUGUGCUGAAUGUCAUUGCCUGUGAGGGUGUGGACCUGGUGAACCGUCCUGAGAAGUAUAGACAAUGGCAGGUGAGGAACCAGCGGGCAGGCCUGAGGCAGCUGCCACUGAAACCAAACAUAGUUAAGGUACUGAAAGAGAAGGUGAUGAAGGACCAUCAUAGGGACUUUUUUGUCGGCGAGGAUGGCCAGUGGUUGCUGCAAGGGUGGAAGGGGCGCAUCCUCUAUGCCCACUCUACAUGGGUUGCUGAAGACGCCAUUUCUGAAUGAAUGAAUACUGAGUGAUACCCUUUCUCAGAUCCCUGUGAAGUAAAUAAUACUGCAGGGGCGCUGAAAAGCAUUUAAUGCUGAUAUAUCAUAGAUAUUCUGGUAUGGUGGUAAUCAGGACCUACAGUGACAACUGCCAGGUGCUACUCUCCAUGUAUUUGUGGUUCCCUCUUUGCAAAUCCCCGAAGACCAAAUGAUGCAGCGUGCCUCAGGAGGAAGACGGAACGCUGUUGCCAU